UAUUAGGCGCGUAUGUAUAUAUACGAAGACCGCGCGCUCUUCUUUCCUAAUUCGAGUUUGAUUCCAGCACUCCGCGGUGAAACUUUUCCUCCGUUUCGUUACACUCGAGUCCAACCGUUCAAUUUUCGCGGACGUGUCGAUCAUGGCCCAGGACAAUCUCACCGGCAUCCUCUAUGGCAUUAACGAUAUACGACUGGAACAGACUCCCAUCGAGGAACCUGGCGAUAACGAGGUGCUGAUCGAAAUGGCUUGCGUCGGCAUCUGCGGUUCCGACGUUCAUUACCUGGUAAACGGGAAAAUCGGUGAUUUCGUGGUGCGCAAGCCGAUGAUCAUCGGCCACGAAUCUGCCGGCGUGGUCUCGAAGCUCGGAAAGGGUGUGACGAACUUGAAGGUUGGCGACCGAGUGGCCAUCGAACCCGGAGUACCCUGCAGGGUCUGUGAAUUUUGCAAGACCGGCUGUUACAAUUUAUGCAAGGAUAUUGUGUUCUGCGCCACGCCGCCGGUCCACGGCAGCCUGAGACGUUUCUACAAGCACGCCGCCGACUUUUGCUUCAAGUUGCCGGACCACGUGACCCUGGAAGAGGGAGCACUGAUGGAACCUCUAUCCGUGGGUGUGCACGCGUGCAAACGCGCGAAUAUCAGUAUCGGCUCGACAGUGUUGAUCCUGGGCGCAGGACCGAUCGGACUCGUGUCGUUGCUGGUAGCGAAAGCCAUGGGCGCUGCGAAAAUCGUCAUUACCGAUCUGGUGCAAAACCGGUUGGACAUCGCGAAGAAGCUGGGCGCCGACGACACGCUUUUGAUCAGCAAGAAUUUGAGCGAAGCCGAAACUGUGGCGAAGAUCCACCAGCUCUGCGGAGGAGAACCGGAUAAAACCAUCGACGCGUGCGGAGCUCAAUCGUCGAUUCGCUUGGCCAUUCUCGCAACAAGAUCGGGCGGCGUGACGGUUUUGGUCGGCAUGGGGCCAGCCGAGGUCCAAGUCCCGUUGAUCAACGCACUCGUCAGGGAAGUGGAUAUAAGGGGCGUGUUCCGAUACGCCAACGAUUACGCCGACGCGCUGAACCUGCUCAGCUCCCAGAAAAUCGACGUGAAGCCGCUCAUCACUCACAAUUACAAGCUGGAGGACACCGUGGCGGCGUUCGAGACUGCCAAGUCCGGCCAAGGCGUGAUCAAAGUCAUGAUACAUUGCAAAUAGAGGGGCGGACCGAUCGAAUAGCUAUGCAUGUGUAGAUACAUACCUGUAUGUACGGUCUUUCGCGAUGCAACGAGGUUCGGCAACCGUGAACUCGUCACGGGAGCCGAACGAAAACCACGUUUCGACUGUCUCGGUACACCGGUGCGUCGUGUGUAUCGUUUACGCGUGUCAUUGGAAUCAGCCGAACGCCCAUGGAAGUAUCAUCGAUAAUUGGAACCCGAACUAGACGCGACGCGUGCGCCAUGGCUGUGAUCCGUGUGUCUCCAGGAGAUUCACGAUUAACGUCGGUGUUGAUGGUUUUUAAGGGGGUAGACUCUGCAGCAAUAGAAUACUAUUCAUUUCGUUGGAACGUAUAAAAAUUGGAAAAUAAACAAUUGAAACACAU